AGCGUUUGGUUGCCGCAGCGGAAAAACGCGAGCCAAGCAGCCAGAGACCCAAAAAAAAAUAAUAUAUAAAGAAAAGCUGGGAAAAACUUUGAAAACGGGCGCGCGAACAAGUGAGCAGCGGCAGCAGAAUCAGAAUCAGCAGCCGAAGUGAAGUGUAAAUAACAAGCCAAGCGCAAACCGAAGUGCAAAUGAAAAGUGAAAACAAAUUGUGAAUCAAUCAGUUGAGACAAACAAUGAAGGAUAGCUGGACUCUGCUGGGAAUUCCACAGGAGCUGAAUCGAGAAGGAUAAACUUUUGGCCCGCUAUGCCCAGGAAUCGUGCGGUUGCGAGGAGCGCGGCUGUAGAUAUAGAUUCAGAUUCGGACUCGGAUAGGGAUACAAAUUUAUUUGGCACUCGAGCCGAACAUGAGCCAGAGCUGCGGGCUGCUUGGAGCUGACUCUGGUAAAACCGCGACGAGGGCGACGAUGCUACUUGAUUUCGGCCAACUCAAAUAAACAGGCGAGGCGAGAGCAGAGCACCCACCCACUCAAUCACAGACACAGCCGCAGAAAAACAAACAAGUAAACCAGCCAGAACGCAGAAUGGCCGCGCCCGUCGACGAGAGCGUGCUGAAUGCACUGAGGGGCGUGACCUCCGCCCACACCCGCCUGCCCAAGCCGCUCCUCAUCAAGAUCUACGUGGCCAGCCUGAAGCAGGAGUUCAACCAGGAGCGCCGCAUGCUCCUCGAGCUGGUGGGCCCCGAGCUGCAGUCCCUCUACGAUGACCGGCAAAUCGAGCUCGAAUUCGUGGACAUGCACUUUGGCACUGGCGAUCUGGAGGUCAACCAGUUGGAGCGGGAUCCCUACUUGAUCCACGACUACCUGCACGAGAUCGACACCUGCCACGCCCACACGAAGAGCGUCUUCUUCAUGGUGCUCGUGGGCGAUGGCAUCGGUCGUCAGCUUGUGCCCACGCAAAUGGAUGAGGACAUCUUCUCCGCCAUUCUGGCCGAUCAGCAGACCACGGCUGACCACGAGGCACUACUGGUCAAGUGGUACGAAAAGGAUGCAUCUCAGCCGAAGCGGCAGCUCAAGCAGGACUAUCGAAUGAUGACCGUGGAUGCCUGGCUAACUGAGUCCCAGCAAAUGCAGAGAUUUUUCGAACAAGCCUUGCAAUCUCUGGUCCAAGGAGCCAGUGCAUCAGGACAAUCCGCGGAUUUCGUGGAACGAGUUCAGCUGCUGCGACGCACGCAGAUCGAAAGGGAGGUCACACAAGCCAUGGCUCUUACCAGCGAGAAAAUCCUCGCAGUUUUCCGAGAACGAGCCGCCCAGUGCAGCAAGCGGGAUGUGGAGGCAGGGGAGCGUUUGCGAAAAAUCAAGGACGAACUCACCAUGAACCUGUCGACGGAUAAUCACACCACUCUUGUAGUACCAGGCAGCGCCGCCAGCGAGGCCAUCGACCCGGACAACGAGGACCACGAGUCCUACUUGAGCAAGUUCAAGAACAAAGUCACCGACAAGCUGCGCCUGCUAAUCGAGGCCCACAUAACCAAUGAUCCCGACGUAAUCAAGGGGAGGAAAAAGACUGUGCAGGAAAUCUUUCACGAGCACGCGACGCACCUGCGCAUCCUGCGGGAACACACGGACAGUGCCGCUCUGGAGGAGUCGCGGGUGCCGCAGCAGCUCCGCCAGAAUCUGAUGACCAACUUCAAGAAUGGCAGCCGGCACGCGCCGUACUUUCUCUGCGGGGCCGAUGGGAGUGGCAAGAGCGCCAUCCUGAGCCACCUGUACGGGCAGGUGGGCACCUGGUUCGGAUCCGCUCGCGUUCAUCGGGUGAUCCGCUUUGCCAAGGCCACGCCCCGCUCCGCCUACAACUUGGAGCUACUGCGCGUGAUCUGCCAGCAGAUCUCCAUUAUCUUCAACAUCCCGGAGGGCUAUCUGCCCAAAGACGCCUCCUUCGAUCCGCUGUACAUCAACACGUGGUUCCAGAACCUGCUCCGCAAGGUCGAGGAUAUGGCCAAUGAUGUGCUGUUCCUAUUUAUCGACGAUCUGCAUCUGCUGAAUCCGCUGGACUGCGAUAUUGUGACGGCUCUUUCGUGGCUGCCCACUUCGUUGCCCUGGAACGUGCAGAUCAUCUGCAGCUCCACCACGCCAGUGGAGCAGCUUAAGUUCACCCCCAUGCAGCGGGAUCGCUUCAAGUCCGCCGAGUACCAGUUCGAUCUGAACCUGGGUGACUACGCCACCCGCCUCAAGAUCCCUCCGCAAUGCGUUCCGCGGGAUGUUAGCUUCUCCCUGUAUGUGGAGCAGCAGUUCGACCAGCUGGAACGUCACUACGGACGGCAGGCGGUGGGCGAUCUGGCCUCCUAUGUCACGUGCUCUGAGUACGGACUGAGUGAGACGGAGCUGCUGGAGCUCCUCAUGCCCACCGACGAUCCGGAGUCGCUCAUCGAGACCAAGAACGGGCACUUCAGCUUUGCCACCUUCAAGAAGAUCCACCGCGAGAUGGACCGUUUACUGCUCCUGCACGACAAGAUUAUGUCCGGCAAGGUACUCAUCCAGUGGCGGCACAACUACUGCUCUGCGGUGGCCAAAAGGCGGUACAUGGACGUCCAGAGGACGCGCAGCCUGCACUGCGAGCUGGCCAACUUGUUUUUCCCCCAGGACGAGGACGAGAGCACGCUGGAGAACGACUCUAACCGCAGCGAGACCAAGUCGGUGAUCAGCAUGAAGGAGAAGGACUCGCUGUCGGCUGCCUCGGCCGUUUCCGCCGGCCGGAAGUCGUCGUCCACCCACCACAACGACGACACCUCCACCUUCUACAACCCCAUCGCAGCGGACGUGAGCUACAGCAUGCGCCAUGUGGAGGAGAGCUGGCACCACCUGAUGCGAUCCGAUGACACCACCCGGUUCAAGCAGAUCGCCGUCUGCAACUUCGACUUCCUGCUGGCGGCGGUGCAAACCGUGUCCAUCAGCUACCUGCGCUGCCUGAUUGAGCACGUGCGCUGCUACAUCCUGGACAGGGACAUCGAGCUGAUCUACUACACGAUCCGGAAGUCGAGCGACGUCCUGACCCGCGACCCCAUGCAGCUGGGCUCCCAGCUGAUAUCCUGGCUGCGGCCGAUCAGCGAGCACGACGACGACGACAACUCGCUGCUGAGCAUGACGGUCCGCUCGGCGACCGCCUGGUGCGACGGCUAUGCCGUACCGCUCCUCGUACCGCUCACCGGCUGGCUGCCCGCCCCGCUGCCCUCGCAGAUCCGAACGAUGACGGUGUCCGGAACGGGAUGCAUCCGUUCCGUGUGGCUGGCUCCGUCCAAGCAGCACCUCAUCCUGGCCACCAAUUCCGGCGACGUUCAGCAGUGGCACAUAAUGAGCAACUCGCUGGAGCACAUCUUCAAGGGUCACACUGCGGCAGUCACGUGCCUCCUGGUGGCCCCCCAGACCGAGUCGGAGCUACUGCUGACCGGCUCCGAGGAUGCCACCGUGCUCGUGUGGCACGUAGGGCUCCGCGAGCGGCGGGGGCACAUUACCAACGCCCACUCGGCUCCCAUUACGGGCGUGGCAGCUGGCGCCAAUAACACGCUCAUCAUAAGCAGCAGCGAGGAUGCAACCAUCGCCAUCACGGACCUGGCCAGCGGCAAACUGCGACAUCGCAUCACCCAUCACCGCGGGCCGGUGAGUGGGAUCCUGGUGGCCGGAGCUUGCGAUGUCCUGAUCUCGGGCAGCCACGACAGGACCAUUUGCGUUUGGGACCUGGAGAACUUCGCCCUGCUGAACACCAUGCAUAUGACGAGUCCCGUGCUCCGCAUCGAUAUCUCCUGGAACUCGGUCUUUUUGUUGGCCUUGUGUGAGGACAAUGCGCUCUACGUUCGCACUAUGGCCACUGGCAAGGAGCUGCACACUCUCAAAGGACACAAGUCGAAGAUCCGUACCAUCUGCAUCGGCAAGGACAGCCAACGAUGUGUGGUUGGUUGCGAUGAUACGAGGGCUCUGAUCUACGACAUGCAUGCCGGGAAACUGGUCAGAUCCUUGCCCCCAAAUCCCGGGCCAGUGACCGCCGUGCAUGCGAUGGACAAUGACGACUUCCUGGUCACCGUGGGCGGCAACAAGAUCACCUUCUACUCGUUCCGCAACGAGGAGCUCUACGUGAAUCCCUACUCGCGACAUCCGCGCCGCAAGCGCAGCCUGAAGCGCCAUGCGCAGGCGCAGCGAUCGCCGUCGACCACAUUGCCCCCGAUCACCUGCUUCGACUUGUCCCGCGACUCCCAGCAGAUGGCCAUCGCCUCCGGCAGGAGUGUCCACCUGAUGCGAAUCAAUACGCCCGAGUUCCAGUGCACCCUGGAGGGGCAUUCCGCCGGGGUCUCUUGCCUGAAGUUCUCCCCGAAUGGUGAGUUCCUGGCCACCGGCUCCGAGGAUCGAUUGGUGCUUAUUUGGAAUCUGUCUCUGGGCGAGAUAAGUCAUACCUUCAAGGGCCACGCUGCACCGGUGGUCAAGGUGGUGGUUUUAAUGGACUCGCUGCGGGUCAUCUCCACGGAUCGGGAUUCCCUGCUCCUCGUCUGGAUGGCCCAUUCGGGCAAUCUGCUGCAGACCAUCCAGGGUCCCUAUAAAAGUCUGGCCGUAACCAACAACAUGCGCUUCGCAGCCUCCACCAACGGGGACAACACCCUCAAGAUCUGGUCACUCACGCAGGAGGAUGAGAAGUACUCCGUUUCGCACUCGGACGAGAUCACCUGCUUCGAGAUCACUGCGGAUAGUGCUCACAUCAUCAGCGGAUCGCGGGACAUGUCCCUGAAGGUGUGGCAGGCGACGGGCGGCAAGCUCAGCCAGGUGCUGGUGGGGCACAGCGAUGCGGUCACCUGCGUGGCCGUUUCGGUGAGCAACAAGACCCAGGUCCUGUCCGGCUCCAAGGACAUGAAUCUCAUCCUCUGGGACCUGCUCACCGGCGAGGAGGUUCACACGCUGGCAGGACACCUGGGUCCAGUUAUUGGAGUUAAAGUCUCGGCAGAUGGAUCCACGGCAGUUUCUGGUAGCGAUGACAAGACCCUGAUCGUGUGGGAGACCAAGCGCGGGUUGGCUCUUACCUCGCUUCAAAUGCACGUGCCCUUCACCCACUUUGACAUCAGUCUGGAGGUCUCCCGAGUCCUGGUGCAGUUGGUGGACAGCUACAAUCUGCCCGUGAUCUGUCUUCACAAUACUCCGGCGCAGUAUGUCAAGCUGCCCACGUAUUCCGGUCCCAGCAAGGACGUAGAGGAUCUGCGACCCCAGGGCCCCAAGCGGCAGAUGAAGCGGCUGCUGAAGAAGGAGGUCUCCCUGGACACGUACACCUGGCAGAAGAAGUACGGCCACCUGACCUCCUCCGUGAUGAUGGCCCAGGUGGAUGAGCGCCUCAAGCGGCGCUUCAGCGUUUCGGCCAGCAUGGAGGAGAUCUCGAAGAUCGCCGAGACGAAGACCGGAGCCUCCCAGGCGAAUCUGGGACCGGAGCAGGCGGCUCUGGCCCAAUCGCAGCACUUUGACCAGCUGGAGGCGCUGUGGAACAAACGAUCGCCGCCCAGAAGGCGUCACAAUGCGGGUCUCUCGAGGCAAACCUCGCUGGUGGAGGACCGUCUGGAGUCGUCGGACGACGACGAGUACCAGGACGAGCGCGCAGGUUUAUUUCGUUUUAUUUUGAUUGCCUGUUCAAUUACACCCAAUUAUCUAUGGUCAAAUUAUCCGGAAACUGUGACCAGGUGAGUACAGUCCAAAAAACAAAGAGCGAAACAGUGGUUUACAAAAUCACAAAACCAAUUUAGGUUCUAUUGAAAUGACAAGGAUUUUUCAUUAAAUCCUUUAAUGAAUUUUAUAGUAGGUUUUCAAAAUCAAAGUUCAAGAAAUUAAUACUUUUAAUCAUUCAUUCGGAGUCAUUCAAAAAAUUAGAUAAAAUCCUCCCCCUAAAAAACUUUUUUCUUUAAUACCAACUAUAAAAUAUGGAAAAGCAAGAAACAUUUUUUUUAACUGUCUGACCAUUAAGUUUAAUCUGCAAUCCCACUACCAAACUUGUAAAGAAGCCCGUAGAUUUAAAGUUUUAAUGGCCACCGGGAUAUAUGUGAAACCGCUGUAAUGAGAGUGUGGAUGCCAUUUUCCAUUCUUAAUUAUAAUUAGUUCUACCCCAGGUAAUGACAAGCCAACUCCGCGUGUUUUCGACUGUAAUGGCUUUCGAGUAAAUGGCUGCAUCAUGAAUAUUAAGUGCCCAUCCGACCGGUGGUUGUGCUCAUUUCGCACCGGCCAAUGCAUAAAAUUGCAAUCAAUAAAUUCGCAACGCGAUUAACUCGAUAAGCAAACAAGAGACCAGCGCAUCGCUGGCUGGGUAAUGAAUUGAGCGAAUUAAAAGCAAUCAAUUUCAGACGAGCGGAAUCGAAUGGCACCGAAUGGGGGCAGGGACUUGUGGGUGGUAUACCCCAUUGCCAUUUCUUUUACCAUGUCAACUGAGGUAAGCAGCUCGUUCUCCAAGCUCUUCGUUAUGUUCAUCCAUCCCUUUCGGCAUGUUUUGCUAUCAGUCAAGAAAACCAAAUGUGGAAGACCCGGAAACCAAGACGGAACUUGAGCCCAUGUACCAUAUCCAUAAGUGUACUAUAAGAGUGUUAUAUCCGCUUUCGUUCUCUAAGUAUAUGUGUUUCAACUUUCGACUCCUCUCGAUUUUAUACCGUUUUACGCUCUCUCGAUGUGUAUAUACUAUAUACUUAUAUCUUCCUGCAUAUUUAAGUACUCGUUCCGUUUUAAAGUUGUUGUCCAGUUUGGUCACAGUUCUGCCGCUAAUCCAAAACUGAAACAUGCAAUAUGAAAUAUGAAAAUGAAGUUCCCAUCUUCCAUUCCAAUUAUCCGAACCACUCCGAACCACUCCGAAUGAACCACCACCACCACCACAACCAACAGCCACCGCCCACAGUUCGAAAACCAGUUCCCGCAGCUCACUGCUCCCAUAAACAACUGCAUCCGGAACAGUAGCAACGGCGGCGUGAAAACUAAAUACUAAAUACAUAAUGAAUAUUAUAACCAACCCAGAAAAAAUCAAAGAAGUAUAAGAACCAUUAGCUAAGUUUCCCCCACUCGAUUGGCAUGUUAUCUCCAGUGUUUCCAAAUCAAAAUCGCAGCUAGUUCACCGUAUUGAGCACUUUGCAAGAACCCACCACAGAACGGCACCCCAAAAUUGACUAACCCAAUCUGGCUAAUUUCGGUUAAAAUUUAUUUUUUAGAUGACUUCGACGAUUUCUUUCAGUGGGGCUAGGCAUUUAGGAUAAGAUAUCACAUUGUUAUUACUAGGGAAUAGAGACACACUUACCUUUCGAAUAAUACGGGCAUACCUCAAAUGCAAAUGCUGAAAAUAGGACAACUUUUGAGAAUUCUACACAGUUUAUAUAGAGUACUCGUAAAAUAGUAUAAAAUAUAACCGAAAAGCAACCACUGCACAGCUGGCCAGCUGGAUGAGAUCAAGUAAGUAUGCUAGCAGGUACCAAAAUAGAUACACAUAUCCCUUAGCCGAACCACUAGAGCCAGUUCAUAGAGCUUAACCAUCUUAUUUUGGCCAAUUUGGCCGCAGCGAAAGCCCUUUGCUUUGAUGUCUCGUGCAAGUAACGUUUAUUUGGCAAGAUGCGUAGAUGCCAGCAAGUAAUUCGGUGUUGGGCAUGUCACUCUAGACACAAUGCCAGUAAUCCAAGACAUUCUAAAGAACAUUCCGAAUUUGUUGUCGAUUUACGCAGAUCAUUUCGCUUCAGGAGGAGGAGGAUACCACAAGGGAUAAGUCCUGAGGCGGCAAUUGAAUGCAGUACUUAUCCAAAAUGGCAAGCAAUAAGUGGGCAGACGAGCGUAACACAUUUCUCUACUAUAUCUAUUACGUAGAUGUAAAACAAUAUGAAAAUAACAUAGUUAAAUCUGAUAAACCACCGUCUCAGACUUUGUAGGAAUUAUAGCGUUAAGUGAGCCAAUUUAGACAUUUUAUUGUUGUAGAGUGUUUUAUGUACCUACCAAACCCGAGCUAAAUGUUGAUUGUAUUGACGCAAUAACGCAAUAACGCAAUAACUUAGAAUCUGUUCAAAUGAGAAAUGCAAAAGGAUCUCUCUGAAGGGGUAAAAAGCGUAACUAUGCUUAAAAACACUAGUGAAACACAAGAAACAAACUAAGCCACACUCAAACAAGCACAAAGACACACUGAAAACAUUGAUGGAUAAUUAUAGAGUUAAGCAAAUGUAUAUAUUAAGCUCCCAUGUUCGCUGUAGAAUUAGUAUUACCUCGACCUCAGUUCGAAGCGCACUUUUUCGAGUCCUGGGCUUGCACUUCCCUCGGAUAUAACUUCAAUAACUUUCUGACAAUCAGAGGUUCUAGCCUGGAACGAAAAACCACACAGAAGCAACCUAGAAAGCAACUCUACACUGAGAACGACAAACGGAUAUUUCUACACUGGAUAUUUCUAUGCAUGCCACAAGUGAAACUUUGUUAAACUAAGCAAUUAACGUCUAUGUAGCGUAGUGUAGUGUCCACCACUCUGUAGCUGAGCCACCAAGAGCAUCCCCCGAGGAACUAUGCAUCUGGAAGCGGGGACGGCAACCGAAUCGGAUAGCGAUGCCUAAUAAAUACUGAUAAAUGUACACCUUGUCUAUGUCUAUUAAAUCGAAAUUAAACUCAACUUUACUGGAGAACAGCAGAAGGCGAA